CCCCAAACAGCUUCAUGUAGGCGUCAUGUCACUUAACUCGUGACGUUUAUCUAACCGCAUGUGUUCCGUUCGGACACCUUCUCCUCCUUUACCUGACCUCUGAUCUCACCAUUACGUCCACCUGCAGAGAUGUUCAGUCCUCGGGUAUAUCUACGUGCAACUCGUGCUUCUCACACGCUUACACAGCGAUUUAGACCAUCAACGCGCACUUUUCAAACUAGUCUUAAAUCUGUCAGAUACUUUUCUAUCACCAAUACAUUCAGAAUGCCAGAAACUCUCCACGCCAGCGAGGUCAACUCCAAAACCGACCCCUCUGUUGCAAAGCAGUAUGACAACGAGACACCCAAGGACCAGCAGAUUCAACAGUUCUUCGAGAUUGCUGAUGGAUUGAAGAUCUGUAUGCUGAACACAUACCGCAACGGUGUUGGACCGGUUGGCCGCUCAAUGGCAGUCGCCAAGCGCAAUGGCCCCGAUUUUCUUUUCCUCGCGAACAAAGACUCCACCAAGUUCUCCGACCUCGAUCAGAACAAGGAGGUUCAGAUCUCUUUCCAAGAUGCGAAGUCGUCACAAAACUGGAUCAGCAUCUCCGGUACAGCGACAACUACUUCCAACAGCGAUCCUCGUAUCAAGGAUGUUUGGAGCCGUGCCACAGGGGCCUGGUUCGGUGAUUUAGGCGAUGGAAAACACACUGGUGGCCCAGAGGACCCACGUAUGACGUUGAUUGAGGUGAAGAGCAAGUAUGUCACAUACUACCAGACAGACGUGGGCUUGUUGGGAAUGGCGAAGGAGGUUAUUGGUGCUGCGGCGACAGGAGGUGUUGCGAAUACGGGUAAGAUUAGGGAGUUGAGCGAGCAGGACCUGGAAAAGUCAAGGUCAAAGCAGUGAGUGCAAAGCCGCACUAAGGUAUACAUUUGUAUGGGUAACGACAUCGACAGAUCUCGAAUGAAGCUUUGAAGGUUCAAACCAAUGAAUAAGGCUGUAUCAUCAUUUUCACUGGAUCGGUUCUUCAUGGAACUAUCUGUUGCAGCUGUCCCGUUCCGUUCCAUCUCCCUUAACUAACAUACUCUAACCCAACAGGCACUCCAACGUCCUUUGUAUCUCCGGUCAAAACCUCCAAAACCGCCUUCCGCCCAUCUCCCGACCCCCUCCACGUUAUCUCCACCAACUUCCCAAACAUUGUCCGACCAGAGCUUUGUGCCACGAACCAUAUCUUCUGUU